CAAAAAGUUUGUUUACUACAAAAUUUCAUAUAAAUUUCCAACAUAAAAUAAAUAAUUUAAAUGGAUAAGAGAAAGAUGCAAUCACCAAGACCAGCAUGUAGAUACGGCAAAGGAUGCUUCCGACUAAAUCCAUAUCAUUUUGUCGAGUAUUCACAUCCACAUUUAGAAAAGAUAAUUGAAGCUGGAAAGAAUCCUCAGACUGAUGAAUAUGAUAUUCCUGAAGAGUUUUCAUUGAGUCAAGACAAGAUUGUUGAACAGCUGAAGAUACUGGAAGUUAAAAUGAAGGAACAAGAUGUUCAAAAACCUUCAGCAAAGAUUAGAAAGUGUGAUGACGAUAGCCAUGAGACUAAGAAGGAUAUAAAGCCAGCUCCACCUAUGUCACCAAAAGUUAAUAGUACCCAACGCAACAAAAUAGAUAUUAAGGAUGAACCAUCAACUUCACAGUCACCAAAGGCAAUAAGCAGUCCCAGGGCUUCAUUGUCGAAUUUACAAAAGAAACAAGACACUAAAGAUACUUUACAGAGCUUCUUCAAGGAACGAGCAGAGAAUUUCAAGACUAAAGAUCCAAAAGACAUGCGAGCACCAUCGCCAACAAUAGAUUUAACAGCACAAAGCUCUCAAAAGCCACAAGAAGUAAAGACACCAAAUUAUAAUGAUGCACAGCUGGAUGCAGCAAUGAAAAAGUAUCUUCAUGUAAUAAUGCCCAAAGGACAAAUGGCAGAGAAGCUUAAGAAUGCAGCACCUUAUAACAUUUUCUUGACAACAGUCACAGAUUCUAAGCCAACUCAUACAGAUCCAUUGUCUGUUACAUUCCUUGAGCUUCUAGAUCCUUCGUUAGGCGAAUUGGAAUCAUCUGUGCAGUUUAAUUUUAUGGUCGAGAUUGGUUGGCUCUUAGCACAAUAUACAUUCGCAAAAUGCCGUCAUCUACCACUUACAAUAUUUUAUGGUUCCGAUGAACCUGGAAUAACUGAAAUAUCCAAGAAAAUGCCCAACAUUACAGCUAUAAAGGUUAACAUUCCCACUCCAAUUGGGUGCCAUCACACAAAAAUGAUGUUUCUCUUCUACAAAGACCAGUCAAUGAGAAUUGUCAUAUCAACAGCCAAUUUAUAUGAAGAAGAUUGGCAUAAUCGAGUUCAAGGUAUGUGGAUUAGCGAUAGAUUACCAUCACUUCCCGAAGAACUAUCACAUGUUAAUAAUGGUGAAAGUGUAACACAUUUUCGUGAAGAUUUAAUGCGAUAUUUAAUGGCAUAUAAUUUGCCGAAACUUCAACCGAUAAUUGCUCGUGUACGACGUACAGACUUUAGUGCUGUAAAUGUAUUUUUUGUUGGAUCAACGCCAGGUACGCAUCAAGAAUCAGGUCAAGGUAUAAGAUUUGGUCAUUUGAGAGUUCAACAUUUAUUAUCAAAGCACAGCGCACCAAUUGAUCAAAAUUGUCCAGUAAUUGUACAAGCAUCAUCAAUUGGAAGCUUAGGACCAACUCCAUCAACUUAUUUAUUAGGAGAAAUAGCAAAUUCAUUCUCAAAAGAUUCAGCACCAAUUGGAAUUCGUAAGAUUCCAAGUGUCAAGCUUAUUUAUCCAUCAUUAAACAAUGUCCUUAAUUCACAUGAUGAAAUUAUGGGCGGUGGAUGCUUGCCUUACGAUGGGAAGAUCAAUGAACGACAAUUGUGGCUUAAAGACUAUUUAUAUCAAUGGAAAUGCUCGUCUAGAGAUAGGAAUAAGGCAAUGCCACAUAUUAAAUGCUAUUGUCGAUAUUCUGAUCGUGGACUUUACUGGUUCCUGCUAACAUCUGCAAAUAUCUCGAGAUCUGCUUGGGGUAGCAUUAAUAAAAGUAGUAAAUUGAAUACAGCAUUACGGAUCAAUUCAUAUGAAGCUGGUGUACUGUUCUGUCCAAGAAUAAUCCUCAAUAAGGAUCGAUUUCCAAUGAAUGAAAGUCAACAGAAAGAUGACACACCGAUCUUUAAACUUCCAUAUGACUUACCACCCGUAAAAUAUGGCAGUGAUGAUGUUCCUUAUUGCACCGAUUACCUUAAAUCCUAUCUUAUUAAACGCGGUAUGCCUGUAUAGUCUGUUGCUGCAAAUUGUAAUUGAUGUUAUUAAUAAAUUAUGCAUUUUUAA